CACUCCUCCAAUCAGAGAGCGGCUUACUGCCUCCGGACCAAUCAGAGCAGCGCGUGUUAAUGCGUUCGGAGCGCGAGGGCAAAGAGGACGGAAGUGGAGCAAAAGAGCAAACGACUGUGGAGGGUUCUGCAGGUCGGGGUUAAGAACACAGUCAGGAGGGAAGUGUGAUACUCAUCAGUGCAGCGCUGAAAGGAGAGGAAUUGUGUCGGAUCUGAGCGUUCCUCUGGAACGUGACUUUGCUGCGCUGUUGCAAUGCUGUACAGUGUUUUGGGGAAAACGCUUGGCUUUGUCGGCUUCACCAUCCAGUACGGCUGUUUAGCACACUGCGCAUUCGAGUACAUAGGAGAGUUUGUUAUGUGUUCUGGACCAUCUAUGGAGCCGACCAUCACUAACCAUGACGUGGUUUUCUCCGAGCGCAUCAGCAGACACCUGUACAGGAUAGAGAAAGGCGAUAUCGUCAUAGCUAAAAGUCCUUUUAAUCCGAGGAUGAACAUCUGUAAGAGAGUGGUGGGCCUGGAGGGGGAUAAGGUGUGCACCAGCGGACCCUCGGACAGCUUUAAGACACACACUUUCGUGCCACGAGGUCACGUGUGGUUGGAGGGUGAUAACCUUCAUAACUCCUCAGACUCCCGUAGCUACGGCCCGAUCCCAUAUGCUCUGAUCAGAGGACGAGUCUGUUUAAAGCUGUGGCCUUCACACAGUUUCGGCGCUCUGAGUCAAAGCCCCAACGAUGGAAGAAUUAUACCCAGCAAAUGACCACCACCACAGAAGAGACAUUUUUGUAGCUUUUUAAGAAUAAAUGCAUAUUUAUGAUGUCAG